UGCCCCGCGCAGCCCAUCCUGGUGCACCCGAAGAGGAGAAAAUGCACCAGAAACGACGCUGAAGGCUUCCUCCAAAUUCCAGGUGUAAAGAGGUUGUGUUUUCAUGCCAGAGGGCUGCAUUUGCAGGCCUGAGGGGUUGUCUGUUAUCUUUGGUUAUCUAGCUGUAUGAGUGACGUACAUUCUUCAUAAAGCUAGAUAACCGAAAGUAACAAGAAUCCCAUUACACGCCUGCGUGGGAAAUAGAAAACAACAGAGUGAAAAGAAAAAAAAGAAAGAAAGGACACAUGGACUGGAGGUGGACGAUGGAUGCUGCUAACCAAUAACAUGAAGGUUUCUGAAGUUCUGGGUCACAUCACCUUUAUGACUGAAUCCUGCCCCAGACAUCAGGAAAGUUACGGGAACCGUCUGAUUAUGAAGGAAUCAGUGACAAAACAAAGGCCCAUGUCUGGGAGGAAAAUCGUGGGAAGUACCAUCAAGGGUCUGAUUAGCAUUCUGUAUUGCGAGUCCCCACAGGCUGUCUCCUGGAGCCCCCUGCCCACAAGUAAAGAAUGGCUUGCAGGAGGGGAGGGGGCAGAGAUGGAAGAGGGGUUGCAGAGGGCCAGACGGGGGAUGCAGAAAGUCAAGGAAGACAGCUUCACAAAGGCAGGCAUGGUGCUGUGGUACAGGGGAGGUGCGGAGGGGGGUUAG